AUGGAACACAGGCAGACCUAUGGGAACACUCGGGAACCACUCUUGGAAAACCUGACUAGCGAGUAUGACUUGGAUCUUUUCCGAAGAGCACAAGCCCGGGCUUCAGAGGAUUUGGAGAAGUUAAGGCUUCAAGGUCAAAUCACGGAGGGGAGCAACAUGAUCAAAACCAUUGCAUUUGGUCGCUAUGAGCUCGAUACCUGGUACCAUUCUCCCUAUCCUGAGGAGUAUGCACGCCUGGGCCAUCUCUACAUGUGUGAAUUCUGUCUAAAAUACAUGAAGAGCCAGACAAUACUCCGCCGACACAUGGCUAAGUGUGUGUGGAAGCACCCGCCCGGUGACGAGAUCUAUCGCAAAGGCUCAAUCUCCAUGUUUGAGGUGGAUGGCAAGAAAAACAAGAUCUACUGCCAAAACCUGUGCCUGUUGGCCAAGCUUUUUCUGGACCAUAAGACAUUAUAUUAUGAUGUGGAGCCCUUCCUGUUCUAUGUCAUGACAGAAGCGGACAACACUGGCUGUCACCUGAUUGGGUAUUUUUCCAAGGAAAAGAAUUCAUUCCUCAACUACAAUGUUUCCUGUAUCCUUACCAUGCCACAGUACAUGAGACAAGGCUAUGGGAAGAUGCUGAUUGAUUUCAGCUAUUUGCUUUCCAAAGUGGAAGAAAAAGUUGGUUCCCCAGAACGUCCACUCUCAGAUCUGGGACUCAUAAGCUACCGCAGUUACUGGAAGGAAGUUCUUCUCCGUUACCUACAUAAUUUCCAAGGCAAAGAAAUUUCUAUUAAAGAAAUUAGCCAGGAGACAGCUGUGAAUCCUGUGGACAUUGUUAGCACUCUGCAAGCCCUUCAGAUGCUCAAGUAUUGGAAAGGAAAACACCUAGUUUUAAAGAGACAGGACCUGAUAAAUGAGUGGAUAGCCAAAGAGGCCAAGAGAUCCAACUCCAAUAAAACCAGGAUCGAAGCUGUUUAAAAUGGACCCCUCCGAAGGGCACUUAAAGUGACUCGGUACUCUGAGCCAGCGAACCCCAGCAGUAGGAAUCCAUACCCUAGGGAUCUGUCUGUCAUUUCUGUUGCUCUCGUGAUUGGCAAGUACAGUAUCCUCUGGGAAGGCCCCCCCACCCCUCAGGACUGUCCUCGCUCUGACCUUCAUGCACACUGCAUACGCUGGUUCUGAGGAACUGCUGUUUCGGCCUCAGUGAGGUUGCCCAGAUGGGAUCUCUGUUAGACUUGCGUGCAGAUCCCGCGUAGCACUGACCCAAGGUGUUCUGUUUUGGUACUGUACCUGUCCAGUCACUGGUUCUCUCCUCAUGUUCUUCAGCCCCAUGAGGUUGUAUUGUGUCUUUUAAACUUGGUAAUAGUGCUUCUUGCUGCCUGGUCUCACCAGACCUCCCAAUUACGGUUACCAGG